CUUACCGAGGAGGAGGUGGCUGAACAAUUGGACGAAGCUGUAUUCGUGCCGCUCACUUGGGCCACAAAGCAACCUAGGAUAUAUUACAAUGGCGAUGAUCCUGAGUGGCAAGAGUUCAUUCGAAUCGCGAAAGAUAAGGAAACGCGAGAGGAAAUCAAAACAGAUGCGAGACAGUUGAUAUCCGAAGGCGCCUUGAAGCAUCCCGUGAUUCACAAGUGGCUUGGCCAGGAGCCUCGCUUUGGCCGCUGCUGGAUCGAGUUUCAUUUUCCAGAUGGACCACCGGAGGAAUACUCCCGAAUUGGUAUCUUUUGGGCGACGGACUUCAUCGCCACCGGUAUUCAAAAUAUGACAACGGAGGAAUACCAGCAAUGGUCACGGUCCAUCUGGCCUGCGGCUGCCGGUCAGUCCGCUUGGGCUGCGGUCAAGGUAUUGGUCGGAAUGCAGAUUCGGCGGGUACAGCAAUCUGUCGGCUAUGCUGAGGUAGAUCCAUCUAGUCCGGAAGAGAAAUUUAAGCUGUGGAGGACGUUAGUGCAACGUCAGGAAGCGAUGCGCGCUGCGGAGACUGGGAAGAGCCAG